GGUUUGCGACGGACGCGGUGCGGACGGCGCUGCUGCGCGAUCUGGGUCGAUCUCCGGCGGCCGCGUGGCGCCGCGGCCGACGGCAUGCCGUCGCGGUCCGCGGCGGCGCCGCGGCGCCGGAGACGCCCGCGGGGCGGCGCGCGGUUGUACUCGACAGACCGCCGCCGCCGCCGCCGCGGCGCGCCGGACCGACGCGCCGCGCUUCGCCCCCCGCGUGCGCGCGCGCGGGCCCGGUCGCGCUUCGACCGCGCGCCGCCGCCGCCGCCGCGCCGCGCGCGACCCCCCCGCCUCCCCAGGUCGACCAUGGGCGGCUUCAAGCUCUACCAGGUCAUCGGCCGCAAGGCCCCCACGCCCCAGGAGCCCGAGCCGAGCGUCUACCGCAUGAAGCUCUUCGCGCCGAACGAGGUCCUCGCGCGGAGCCGCUACUGGUACUACAUGCACCAGUACCGCAAGAUGAAGAAGACGACGGGCGAGAUCCUCGACGUCAACGAGAUCCGCGAGAAGAACCCGCGCAUCGUGAAGAACUACUACGUCAUGCUGCGCUACAACUCGCGGUCGAACACGCACAACAUGUACCGCGAAUACCGCGAUCUCACGCUCACGGGCGCGAUCGACCAGCUCUACAGCGAGAUGGCCGGCCGCCACCGCGCGCGCCCGCGGUCCAUCCAGAUCAUCCGCACGGGCAUCGUCGACCCCAAGGACCUCAAGCGCCCGGCGACGCAGCAGUUCGCGGCCAAGGGCCUCAAGUUCCCGCUCCCGCACCGCAUCAUGCGCCCGUCGCAGAAGAAGUUCCGCGCGACCUUCGUCGCCAACCGCCCCUGCACGCACUUCCAAUAGGCGGCGCGCGCCAACGUCCGCGCUCUCGGUCCCAUUCCCGCGCCGGC